AUGUCCGCAUCCAUCCAGAUAAAACAUACUUCAGUCCAGCUGCCCGAAUGCAAAGUAAACCUCAUGCCGUUUCACCUCAAUCAUGAUGGUCCCGCACCAAUCUCUACAUAUUUUAUGGUUGACGCGGCAAAAGAAGCGAUAGGAGCACCAUCGGGCACAAACAAAACUGAUAGCACCGUUUCGGACACACAAGAUGACACCACUGGGUCGAAGACGAAUGCACCAAGUGACUCAAGAAUGAACGUCGAUGGUCACCUCUCCUCCACUGUGCUGGAAGAUAAAACGGCAUCGUCAUCGUCAUCGAAGACCCGGUUUAUAUCUACAUUCAGAGGUAGAACGAUACAAGGCUUGAACGUGGAGCUACCUACGGGAUACGUGGGCGUAGUGCUGAAACCGAAAGAAUCCUCUGAAGGCGAAAGGAAGAAUGUGAGGGAUGAACGAGCUGAGGGUGGGGAAUCAUCUACGGGUCGGGUGACACGGGGUUCGUCGAAGGCGCAGGGAGGGAAGAAGUCGAAGAAACCAGUGGAAGAGGAACAGGAGGAACAUGGUAUACCCCCGGAUCUCGACGAGAAUGCGAAGCGGAUUCUGGUUCCUACUUCGUCAUUUUCGUCAUUCGUCAUAUGGCACCCAGAUAUUCCGGUCGACGAAGGGAGGGACGAGUAUUACCGAACCCUGAAAGAGUGGACACAACUGGCUAGUGUGCUCCAUCGUGAGGAAUAG